AUGCUCCUAGGCAACGAGGAAAGCGAACCUGGUGAACUUGCUCCUCACCCUUAUUGGUAUGCACAUGUUAUCGGCAUUUUUCAUGUGUAUGCCAGAUACCUUGGUUCAGAUUCUCACAACCAAGCUUCACAAUGUAUUGAUUUCCUUUGGGUGCACUGGUUCUGUCGAGACUCUAAUCAUAAAUCUGGCUGGGUCGCAUGUCAGCUGCACCAGAUUGGCUUUUAUGAUGCCAAUGAGGUCAGAGCAGAUGCUUUUGGAUUUAUCGACCCUGCACAAGUGAUUCGUGGUGUCCAUGUCAUCCUGGGAUUCACACAUGGUUCCACUGGGAACCUUCUUCCUCCAUCAAUAGCUCGCCAGCCUCAUGAUGGUGGUAUGGACUACAGCUGGUACUAUGUCAACCAAUUCGUAGACUGCGAUAUGUUCAUGCAGUUCUGUGGCAGUGGCAUUGGACACAAGACCACAUGA